AUGGACAAGGAUAUCCUGUGCGCCGAGUCUGGUGUGUCAGACGCUGAGAAAUUUUCGAUUACGGAGAGGUCGGUCGAGGAUGUGAGAGCCUGCAGCGUCGAUCCAAAAGCUGAGCUGAGAAUCGUGCGAAGGAUAGACAUGCGGCUUUUGCCGGCAUCGAUGUUCAUCUACUUGCUCUGCUUCUUGGAUCGCACAGAUAUAGGAAACGCAAGGAUCCUCAAUAGCACAGCGGGCGAUUCACUGGCGGAAACAAUUCGGAUCUCUAAUCAGCAAUACCUGACUGCGCUUCUGGUGUUCAUCAUUGCUUACUCGCUGUUCGAUGUGCCUUCAAACUACAUGUUGCACAGGUUUCGCCCGAGUCGUUGGAUUGCGUGCCUGAUGGUAGGUUGGGGACUCAUGACGAUGGUCCUGGGUGCCGUAGAGAACUUUGCCGCGCUCGUCGUCAUCCGUUUUCUUCAGGGAGCUUUCGAAGCGGGGCUGUUUCCUGGUAUCAUAUACUGCCUCACGUUCUGGUACAAGCAAGAUGAGAGAGGCCUCAGAGCGGCGUUCAUUGCGGGCUGCGCGACGCUAGCGGGUGCUUUCGGCGGGGCGAUUGCCUUCGGUAUUGGACACAUGGACGGUAUACGUGGCCUACAAGGGUGGCGCUGGCUUUUCAUCUUCGAAGGGAUCCCUUCCUGUUUAUGCGCAAUUCUGGUCUAUUUCUUCUAUCCCGACUUUCCCGAGGCCAGCGAGUGGCUUUCAGCGGAGGAACGCGCUCUUGCCACUGAGCGAAUCAAAGGUGUUGCAUCACUUGGCCACGAAAAGUUGACGUGGGCCGAAGCGAAGGCGACACUAGUGGAUUGGCGGCUCUAUCUACACCACGCACUGUGCAUUUCGUUCGCAGUGCCAUUUUCGAGCAUCUCGCUCUUCACUCCGACUAUCGUGUCGGGCCUCGGAUACGAAGGUCUUGCGGCGCAGCUCUUCACUGUCCCUCCGUAUGCCAUUGCGUUUGUCGUUGGUCUUGUCGUCGCUUGGCAGGCAGACAAACGGAGCAUGCGCUCGUGGACGGUCUUCGCAUGUUUCGUUAUCUCAGGCAUAUGUUUCCUCAUGCAAGGUCUAGUGUCUUCGCACGCCUUCAAGGCUCGAUACGGGCUGCUAUGCGUGGCCGUCCCUUUCUCGUUUGCCCUCCAGCCCAUUCUUCUCAGCUGGCUCACUGCGAACCUUCGAAGCACUGGUGCUACCACGCUUGCUGUGCCGAUGAAUGUCUCUAUUGGACAGGCGGGUCAAAUUGUUGGUAUCUACAUCUAUAAGAAUUCUGAAGCACCUGGGUACCCGACAGGACAUUUUACAAAUGCCGCUUUUCUUCUUGCUGGGGCUAUCAUGGUUCUCACGUUGCGCGCCGUAUACAUUAAACGCAAUCAACGUCUGUCUGAAGCAGAUCGCAAAUGGCAGCUCUGA